CAAUGCAAUGCAGUUUCUAAUUAGUUUCUGUUCAAUAUGCAGGAAAAAGAAAAAGAAGAUGAUGAGGGACAACAAGGAGAAGCAGAGGAAGCAGAAAACCAAGGAAAACCUGAUGAUGCUGAUCAAACUCCAGAAUUAAAAGAGGUUGGAAAGAAGAAAAUGUUUGAGAAUGAAGCUGGAAAAGAACCUCUUGUAAUUCAAGACCUCUUGGUGAAGUCCAUGACAGACCAAAUCAACUACCGCCAACAACAAGAUCCUAGCUUCGUUUGCCCGGAAAGAUUACAACUGUGGAAGGAUGAAAAAAAUGAAGACAGUGAGAAGAAAAUGAAGGAAUUGUGGGAUAUAUUUAUCCAAGCAGAAAAGAGAUCAAAGGAGUUGGAAGUGGAGUUGGCAACAUACAUAGAGAAAUUAGAUAAUGAAGAAUGUGUGACUGCCACCAUGACAGUGGAAUCUACAGUUCAGCUUAAUGAAAUACAAAAUCUGAAAAGGAGGAUUGCAGAAUUGGAAGGCAAGGAAACUCGUAUUGACAUGGAGAAGAUUGCCAAGAAAAAGGAGAUUCAAGGAAAGUACAAGGCAGAAAUUCAAAGCUUGUUGUCAGACCCAACAAUCUUUGAAAUGGAGAUGGAUCUGCUUACAAAACAACCAACACAACCAGUUGAAGAGAAAGAAGAAGAAAAGAAAGAAGAAAAGAAGCAACAAGAAGAGAGAGAAGAAGAAAAUGAGAGAGAAGAAGAAAAUAAAGAACAAGAGAAGCAACAAGAAGAGAGAGAAGAAGAGAAGAAGCAAGAUGCUCCAACACCUGAUGUUCCUUCAAGAGUACAAAGGGUGAAGAACAGAGAAAGAAAAAGGCUUCAAGCAUCUUGCUAUGUGUACGAAAAAAAUAAGAAAACAAAAAAGGAGGCAAAAAAGGAUGAUGAAGAACUACCACAAUUCAAGCUUAUCUCUUCCGAGGAGUUAACACAAGAGGCAUCUCAGCCCGAUGCCACAAAUCCAAUUCCUGAUCCCCCAAAAGGAACGAGCCUUCAUGAUUCAAUACCUGUAGAUAUGCAAUAAUCAAGUGAUGAAGAUGAAGGACAAAAAAAGCCAACAAAGAAAAAACUAGGAUGGGGUCAGAGAAAGGUGUGGCAGAAAAUUCCAAAGGCGGACAGGGAAAGAAUUGAAAAACACUACUUAAGUACUCAACCUCGUGAUAACUUUUGGGCAGGACUCAAUGAUGAGAAAGUGACAAACCAUGAUCUCAAAGAUAUUGUAUGGGACCUGGA